ACUUGUAAAGUUUGCUCACUCUUCCGGUUUUCGUCGCUCUUUCAGACCUUUCAGACUAAUAAGAUGGCUGAUCAGAGCGAACGCGCGUUCCAGAAACAGCCCACUAUCUUUCUUAACCGUAAGAAAGGUCUGGGCCCGAAGCGCAGGAAGCCUAUGAGAUACAGCCGCAAUGUCGGGCUCGGUUUCAAAACGCCUCGUGAAGCUCUUGAGGGAACCUAUAUCGAUAAGAAAUGUCCAUUUACUGGCAAUGUGUCGAUUAGAGGACGUAUUCUUACUGGCGUUGUACAAAAGAUGAAGAUGCAACGAACUAUAGUUAUUCGCAGGGAUUAUUUGCAUUAUAUUAGGAAGUACAAUCGAUUCGAGAAGCGUCAUCGCAAUAUGAGUGUCCAUCUCAGUCCUUGUUUCAGAGAUGUAGAAAUCGGCGAUGUAGUCACCAUUGGAGAAUGCAGACCUUUGAGCAAGACAGUAAGAUUUAACGUAUUGAAGGUUUCGAAAGGAACAGGAUCAAAGAAAAGUUUCAAGAAGUUUUAAACAUCUAUCUUAAUAAUGAACAUUUUUGGCAGAUUUCAAGAAUGAGGUAAAGAAAAAUUGCAAAGCGACCAAAUGUGAUUACACAAUUCUGUAUUAUGAUUCUCAUAUUCGAAAUCUGGCAAAAUGACAAAAAUAAAAUUUCUAUAAAAAUAA